CGAAUCUCCCACCCUCACGAGUCAGUGUACUUUUCAUUGCUUUUUUAAUCAUAAAACAGCUUGUUCCGCAUGGACAAAGACGAUUGUUCGUAGAGAGACUAUCAAAGAAAAGUACAUUUUCGCUGUUAGUCUGCAUUCUAGGACAGUUGCUCAAUGGUUUAUCAUUAAACAUUUUGUGGAUCGAACAACAUAGUUGGCUAUAUUUCAACUGGGUGACAAUGAUAUAAUGUCUAGUAGCUAAAUGUUGACCUUUGUGACGUACGCUUUGCUGUAAACUAGAACGUCGACAUUUAUUUUCCUAAAAUACCCCAUUUUGUCGAUUGAAGAUAAUCAGGACAGGGCUGCAGUCGAGCAAGGACAAGACAUUUUGUUUGCAUUUGAUCUACAGCGACAUACAACAAUGUUAACCCAGAGAAAGAGAAAACGCACUGUGGAGGACUUCAACCAGUUUUGCACCUUUGUGUUGGCCUAUGCUGGAUACAUCCCCUAUCAAACAGAGGAUUGGUGGUGUAGUGACAGCAAGCCCAGUGACAGCAACCCCUGCAGCAGCAGCCACAGUACCAGUCCAUGGGCCUACCAGUCCUCUCCUAACUCAGACUGUGGCUCCUCCACUCAGAGCCAGAAGGAGAAAGGGAAGGAGUUGAAGAGGAGGAGGUCAGACAAGAAGCCAGCCGGGCCUGGCCAGGGGGAGAAGAAGCCUAGAGGAGGAAGUGCCAAAAAGUCUCCUAAUAACAAACAGGCUGCCCCUACAUCAACAGUCAGCAGAAUGCCAGAGCUCCAUGAGCAGCACCAGCCCCAGUCUGAACGGACCAACCUCAACAGCUGUCCUACUGACAACAAAACACAUCCUCUGACAGCUCUGAAAUGUGACCAUGACUGUAAACUUUCCCAAUCUUCCCUGACUCAACUCUUCCCUGAAGCCAGCUCCAGCAGCUCUCUGUCUGUCCACAGGGACAAGAUCAACACCGGUCAGACACACACGCCAGACCCCAACGGGUCAGCUGGGAAAAUGAAUGACUCUACAACCCCUCAGAAGACAGGAAGUGAAGAACUGGAACAGGAAGUGACCGAACAGCCUGUUGACAUGACAAUGACUAGCUGUGAGACGGGGAAGAGCUGUCCUCAUAGGCCGGGAGACAGAGAAAAGAAGAGAAGAAAGGAAGAGAAUGUGACGAGGGAGAGCUGGGAGGGGUCUGGGAGUGAAGGAAGGAUAGACAGUGGUCAGAGGUCAGAUAUCCUGAGGAUGGUGAUGGACAGGAGGUUGAGAGGUCAGCUAACUGAAGACCAGGAGACAGGCUACCACACAGAGGAGGGUAGCAGCCCCGACCGGGACCAUGGAGGGAGCAACUACCAGACAGACCAGGGAGGGAGCGAUGGAGAGGACACAUCUGCAGACAACAGCAAGAUGGAGGAUCAGGACGACUCGUGGGACCUGAUCACCUGUUUCUGCCUGAAACCCUUCGCGGGUCGGCCCAUGAUAGAGUGUAGUGAGUGUGGCACCUGGGUGCACCUGUCCUGCGCUAAGAUCCGCCGCACCCACGUUCCUGAAGUCUUCACCUGCCAGCCCUGCCGAGAUGCCAAGACCAACAUCAGACGGUCCAACCGGGCACGGAUCGCCUCCCGCAAACGCUUCAGCGACUAGAGAGCACCAGCUGGUUCAUUGGCUGCGUCCAAAUUGGUGGCAGGUAGCCUAGCGGUUAAGAGCAUUGGGCCAGUACCCGAAACGUUGCUGGUUCGAAUUCCCAAGGUGGAAAAAUCUGCUGUUCUGCCCUUGAGCAAGGCAGUUAAUUCCCAACAACAACUGCUCCCCCCGGGCACUGAUGUCAUUAAGGCAGCCCCCCGCACUUCUGAUUCAGAGGCGUUGGGAUAAAUGCACAUUUCAGUUAAAUACAUUCAGUUGUGUAACUGACUAGGUACCACCCUUUCCUAUUCCCUUUAUAGUGAACUACUUUUGACCAGAGCCCUAUGUAGGGAAUAGAGUGCCAUUUGGGACAUUGACCACUAGUGAGCAUCAAGUUCUUUGCUGGUCCAUUCUGACACUCUUCACAAACCACCUCCAGCCACCAGGGUUGUGUUCAGUAAGACACACAGAACAUGUCAAUUAUUGAACAAGUCCAGGUAGUCCUCCCUGUUUCAGUCCUUUUUCUUCCGUUUUGUGCCUAACGAACACGACCCGGGACACUGCCAUCAGCAGCCAAGCCAUGAGUCUACGGUCAUGUUCCUCUGCUCAGACGUUGUAAUCAUCAACCAAUGGUUGCGUACCACAUCAACUGUGUCGUUGGGCACCAGAUUAUAACAUAUGUGGCCGGUUUCACAGACGAGGCUUAAACUUAGUCCCAGACUAAAAUGCCUGUUUGAGCUGUCUUAACUCAAAGCGACUUGCACAUACUUAUCUUAAAAUAGUGGUAGAUUUAGCCUGUUCUGGAUAAAACAAAGCCGAUUGCAAGAGGGAUUAGCGCUACUCUAGGACUAAAUGGAAGCUUAAAGGAAUCCUUCAAAGAGGCAGGUUUAACUUCUGCUUAGUACUGUUUGAGGGAGCAGGGACUAUUUGGAAUGUCUAAAUGAAGACCAACCUGCACUACAGAGGCCAGCCAGACAAGUACUGGUGGAUAGGAGUAAUCCAUUCAAUUACUUAGAUGAAAUAGCUUUUUGAGACCGCUUUCGUAUGUAGAAAGAAAAUGCAUUGGAGGUAAUAUCUUUGCUUGAGCCUAGACUUUCCUCUCCAUCUCAAAGAGGAAGAAGGCCUUUACCCAAUUCUCUCCAAGUUCUGAUCACUUUGAGGUUUUUGGCAUCUGGAAUCUUUCAUCAUGAAAGUAGUGAUUUGUGUGGUGUCAGUGAAGAAACUGUAGAAUAGUUCAAAGUCUUCACAUCAAGUUUCCUGAUGCUGCUGGCCAAGCCAACUAUAAAGAACAAUUCUAUGAAUAUGGGCAUUUCCCAGGAGUGAUUGGCUGUAUAGAUGGAUGUCAUGUUCCCAUCAAGUGUCCAUCAACUCCUGAUGCUGAGGAGUACGGGAAUAGUAAGAACUGGUUUUCCAUCAAUGUUCAGGGUAAUUUAGAGUUUUCAAACAUUGUUGCACGUUGGAAAAGUGCAACUCACAAUUAAGGAUUUUUCGCAACUCUUCAUUGUGUGCUGUUUCAGAAAGGACAACAUAGUGGACUACUUGGUGACAGUGGAUAUGGUCAGUGUAACUUUGUAUUCACUCCAUUCAUAAAUCCCACAACAGCUGAGCAGCAAAGAUACAACAGCUCAUAUCCACAUGAGAGGGAUGGUCGAGCGUAUGUUUGGAGUAUGGAAAAAUCAAAUCCGGUGUUUACGCAAUACACUUCGUUUCAAGCCAAGAAGAUGCUGCAAGGUGGUCAUUGCUACAGCUGUGCUGCACAACUACCUGAAGCAGUAUUGCUGUCCUUAUCCUCCAAUGAUCAAGCAGAUGUGCCCAUGGCUGAGGCAGGCAAUGACCAAUGAGGACUUCAACUAGAGGAGAUGUAUUUAAAUAUGGAAUGUAUCAUUAUGGCUGAUUUCUGCUUUGAUAAUGUUUGUUCUGUACAAUAUUCAAAUAGUUUGCAGCAAAUUUAAAUGAGUGACUAAACCAAGGCUGGUUUAAAAUGUAGUUUGUGGUGAUUAAAAUACACACACUCAUGAAUAUCCAAAUGACAAAACAUUUAUUUUUUACAUAUCGUUCACCAUGGCUGGUAAGUCACAAUUGUCUCGUUACUGUAUCUAUUUUGAAUCAUACCUCUCUCGUUCUCUGCUGAAAGGUGGUGGCAGCAUCUUCUCUCAGGGAUGUUAUAGCAGAUGUGGAGGGUACACACUCAUUGUGCACUGGCUCUUCCGACCUGUUCACAUUCCUUUCCUCUAGAAAAAUAACACUGUUUAGAAGCACAAAUAAACUCACAUGGUCCUUAGAAUGAAAGGAGACUAAAGAUUGACACAGACAGUGGAAUAUAUUUACCAAAGGAAGUAACCAAUUUACUUUCUUGGUAUCUGUACCAUUUGUGCUCAGUUUUUCAUCUGAACUGUCCAAAUGGUCAUCUGGUAUACCAUCCAGAGGUUGGUCAUCGUCUGGUAUACCAUCCAGAGGUUGGUCAUCAUCUGGUAUACCAUCCAGAGGUUGGUCAUCGUCUGGUAUACCAUCCAGAGGUUGGUCAUCAUCUGGUAUACCAUCCAGAGGUUGGUCAUCAUCUGGUAUACCAUCCAGAGGUUGGUCAUCGUCUGGUAUACCAUCCAGAGGUUGGUCAUCAUCUGGUAUACCAUCCAGAGGUUGGUCAUCAUCUGGUAUACCAUCCAGAGGUUGGUCAUCGUCUGGUAUACCAUCCAGAGGUUGGUCAUCAUCUGGUAUACCAUCCAGAGGUUGGUCAUCGUCUGGUAUACCAUCCAGAGGUUGGUCAUCAUCUGGUAUACCAUCCAGAGGUUGGUCAUCGUCUGGUAUACCAUCCAGAGGUUGGUCAUCGUCUGGUAUACCAUCCAGAGGUUGGUCAUCAUCUGGUAUACCAUCCAGAGGUUGGUCAUCGUCUGGUAUACCAUCCAGAGGUUGGUCAUCGUCUGGUAUACCGUCCAGAGGUUGGUCAUUGUCUGGUAUACCAUCCAGAGUUUGGUCAUCGUCUGGUAUACCAUCCAGAGGUUGGUCAUCAUCUGGUAUACCAUCCAGAGGUUGGUCAUCAUCUGGUAUACCAUCCAGAGGUUGCUGGUGCUCUAUUAUUCCAGACAGCAAGUCACUCAAUUCAUCAGACUUGUCUUUUUUUUGGUGGUCCACCACCAGUAGUAAAUCACUCUCUUCUGAUCUCUGCAUUCUAAAGCCAGUUUGAGGUUCUUCCACAGUGUCGAUAAAGGCAGAUAUCAUUCAAUAUAAGUGAUGUCACAAAAAUAUGAAUAUGAGAAAUGUGAAAUACUGAUAAUAAUGACGAUACUCACCUGAAGUUGUACUCUUCUUGUGGUUACAUUUGACUUUGCAUUGAAUUCACAGAAAAUUGCUACCCAACCAUACUUUCUUUUGCUCAGUAGCAGUAACAUGGUUUUUACUUUCAAUAACUGGAUGGUUUGACACAAUGUGUUUUAGUACUGUUUUUUCAGACUCACUAAAGUUUUUUGAACCAAUAAUUUUUGCCUCUGUCAUCGUUUUUCUGAAGAUUCACACCAGUAAUGGUGUUUUCUAUUCCAUUCUGGGGGUUUUAUGGGCACCAUUAGACCAACAGCAUGAGCUCAUACUUAACCUAAUCAGGCUUAACCCAGGUGUUCUCAUUUAGGCUUACUUACCUUACUCCAGGACUCUGACUUACUAAGCCACAUUUAAGCUACGUUCAUGAAAGCUACUUAAAUGGCCUAGUUUAACUAGUACACAUUAAGGCCUACUCCUGGCUUAAUCUAAGGCCCGUCUGUGAACCCGGCCCAUGAUGUCGCUAGCUGAUACUUAAAAUACCUAUCCAGGCAUUGGAAGAUCCUACCACUGUCUCCAAAACUGUACAAUGUCCAUCCAUUCACAGACAAUCAUGUCUUCUCAGGAAGGAAUGAGGGGCUACAGGAGAGGGAAUGGGGGGGAUGGAGUGAGGGCAGAGGUGAAAGAUGGAUGUGGUUGGUAACCGUCUGCUGAACAUAACUUCUCACAUGCUAAUCUCAUUUACCCCCACCUGUCCCUUCAUCUCUCCAUCCACCCUUUCCUUCAUUACUCCCUCCCUCCACCCAUCUCUUCAUUGGUACAUCACUGAACCUAAAAGGGCUUGCAUUGGCUCAUCGACACUAGUAUGUUCACUACUUAGUGUUGUACUAUGUAAGGAAUAGGGUGCCAUUUGAGACACAUGGACAGGUUUCUGAAGACUGCUUUCUCAACUGCCAUGCCAGUGACUUUGACUGUCAGUUGUAUAAUUAUACAGUUCCCAGUGGAUGCCUGGCACUCUUCUAUGUACACAGUGCACAUAGCAUUAAGAACACCUUCCUAAUAUUGAGUUGCUGUUGAGCAUGAAAAACCCAGCAGCGUUGCAGUUCUUGACACAAACCGCUGUGCCUGGCACCUACUGCCAUAGCCCAGUCAAAGGCACUUAAAUCUAUUGCAGGUGUUCAUAAUGUUUUGUACACUGUAUAUCAGAUGGUAAACCUUUAGUAAGAUGUUAAUAGUUCACCUUUUUUUAAGAGUUGUUUAUUAUAUGUGACACGUGCAGUAAUAAAGGUCAAGGACUAACUCA